CAUGGUUUCUCAUCAUCAUCAUCAUCAUUAUCACCGCCAUUAUUGAACAGAGCAGCUAUGUUACGGGUUCAGGGUCAGGUUCUGGUUCUGGUUCUGGUUCUCUUCGCCAUUGUUGGCCCUUCUUCCGGCAGCUGCGUGGGCCCCUCCAACAUCUCCUUCCCUUCCUUCACAGAUGCCGACUGCAACUCUAGCGGCAAGCUGCUUUGCUUGGGCGCCUACUCCGUCGGAAAUGGGACUCUCAGCUUGACACCGGACUCCAAGACGCUGAACCAGAUAUCCCGCGUCUUGUACCGCCAGCCCAUCCUCGCUUGGCCGGCGUCUAUCUGCACCACCUUCACCGUCAGGAUCCUGGUUCCGGCCAACGCCUCCGGCUCCGGCGACGGCAUGGCGUUCGUUCUGGCUCAGGAUAACAAGCCCUCCCCGUCGAGCAGCUUCGGAUCCUUUCUUGGGAUGUUUGAUCAGUCGAAUGAAGGUUCUAUUCACCAACUCUCGGUUGAGUUUGACACAUACAAGAACGAAUUUGAUCCAGAUCAAAACCACAUUGGAAUCGACACCAAGAGUGUCGAAGAAUCAGUUGCAGUGAAAAGUCUGAACAGCACAGGGAUUAGUCUCACGAGUGGAAGAGCAAUCACUGUGAGGAUUGAAUACGAUGGAUGGAGCAAAAACUUUAUGAUUUAUGUGGGCUAUGCUGGAGACCCCCUAGUGACUUUCCUCAACCACACCAUCAAGUUGAAGGGCACAGUUCCGAGCUCUGUCUACGUUGGCUUUACAGCUUCCACUGGAACUCUCACUGAGACUCACCAGAUUCUUUCAUGGAACUUCACAUCCAGUGAAUUGCCAAGGAUCUCGCUAGGGAAAGAAAAGAACAUGACAGUGAUAAUUACUCUUCCCAUCAUUGCCGGGCUGCUGCUUCUGGCAUUAUUAUCUGUACCAUUUGUUCGUAGAGCUCGUAGGAAAAAGAGAGAGAGACUUGCCAGGAGAAAGGAAAUUGAAGCACUUGUAGCAGCUGCUAAUGGCCCAAAACUCUUCUCCCACAGGAAGCUGAAAAGGGCUACUCGCAACUUUAGCAGAGAGAACCUAUUGGGAACUGGUGGUUUUGGAAGUGUUUACAGAGGAGUCAUCUCAAAUCCUCCUAUGACUAUUGCUGUCAAAAGAAUUUCUGCCACAGCUGAACAUGGUGAGAAGCAGUACUUAGCGGAAAUAUGCACUAUCGGUCAGCUGAGGCACAGGAACUUAGUCCAACUCCAAGGUUGGUGCCAUGACCGCGACCAACUCCUCCUGGUUUACGAGUAUAUGCCUAAUCGCAGCCUUGACCAGUACAUAGGCAAAGCCGGUGCCGUGCUUGAUUGGCCAACAAGGUACAAGAUACUAACAGGAUUAGCAUCGGCACUAGUCUACUUGCACGAAGAGUGUGGCCAACCAGUUGUGCAUAGAGAUGUUAAGCCAAACAAUGUCAUGUUGGAUUCAGAUUUCAAUGCACAUCUAGGUGACUUUGGCCUCGCAAGGCUACUUCGAAACGAUGCCUCGAUGACAACCACAAACAUGGCUGGGACUCCCGGAUACUUGGCUCCAGAAGUCAGCUUCACGGGAAGGCCCACUACAGAAUCCGAUGUUUACAGCUUUGGAAUGGUGGUCUUGGAAGUAGUUUGUGGGACAAGAUCAAGGGGCAUAAUGGAAGAGGAUAGCCUAGUGGAUAAUGUGUGGAGUUUGUAUGAAAAGGCUGCAUUGCUUGAUUGUGUUGACAAGAUGCUGGAAGGGAAAUACGAUGAGGAGCAAGUGAGGAGGACUUUGAUUGUAGGGCUGGCUUGUUUGUUCCCAGAUUCCAUGGUUAGGCCUAAGAUGAGAAAAGUGGUUCAGAUCUUCAUGAACCCGGAUGAGCCUCUUGUCUACUUGCCGGAGACCCGGCCCGCGGCAAUAUGGCUGCCAUUGACCUUUUCAACCUCUACCAGCGCUGAGUUUGGCCCUCACAGUGCCCGAAAUGAAGGGUCUGUAGAGUUACCCAGAUGACCAGGUAACAAUCUGAUAUCAUUUCCAACACCCGGAGGGAGUUUUUGAGGGAACCUUCUCCUUCUCUUCUUCUUCUCCUUCUUCACUCUUUUGUGGGUUUCUUUUGUGCAAUACUCUAGAUUUUGGGCCUUGUUUUGGAUCAAUGAACACUGUAAGGUACAAACAGUUGUUUGAGCAUGUAUGUUGUAGAUACCAAGCCGUGCCAUGUAACGCAUCUUCUGUAGCAUUUUCACAUGGUUGAGGUUGUGAGUUGUAAUAUGAUAUCCAUUACAUAUUACAGAGGAUUGUUGGUGCAAGAAAUGACACACAGUUCUAGUUUUUAGUCA